GACCGCAAACGUAGUCUUUCUAAGAAACAUUUUGUGAAUCUUUAUAACGAAAAAAAAAGGAUUGUUUAUAUGGCGGAAUUGAAGGACGAACGUGGAAACCCAAUCCAUCUAACCGAUGCACAUGGAAACCCGGUUCAGCUCACUGAUGAGUUCGGUAACCCCAUGCACAUAACCGGGGUCGCAAGCACUACUCCUCAUUAUAAAGAGAGUGUUACUGCCGACAUUGCAGAGCUUCCACCUGUGACCACCGCUCCAGCAACAGCAGCAGGAGGACUCGCCGGUGCAACUGCAGCCACAGCAGCAGGAGUCACUGCUGGUACCGGUGCAACUGCGGCAGGGCAGCAACACCAUGGCUCGCUUGAAGAGCACCUUCGUCGAUCCGGAAGUUCAUCCAGCUCUAGCUCGGAGGACGAUGGACAAGGAGGGAGGAGGAAGAAGAGUAUAAAAGAGAAAAUCAAAGAGAAGUUUAGUAGCGGUAAGCACAAGGACGAACAAACAGCCACCACAGCCACAACCACUGGACCCACCACCACCACCACAACAACCACCGGAACCGCCGUUGAUCAACCACAUGAGAAGAAGGGUAUUCUCGAGAAGAUUAAGGAUAAACUUCCCGGCCACCACAACCACCCAUGAACAUUAUAUAAAGUUUGUUUCGAUUUCACGAAUAAAUCCUUGCACGAAUGUAUGGCUUUACUUUUAUCAAUUAUGUCUUAUUAGUAGUGUGGUUUACUCGAUUCUAGUUUUUAAUUAGUGGGGUUUGUAUCGUAGUUUCGUGCUUCUUGUCUUAUAUUUAUAUAAGAAAUAGAAUUGAUUAUUAUGGCAAUGUCGUUUAUCUUCAUCAAAAAAACUACCGAUGAGUUCACAGAAGUACACAAAUAAAGAUUUCUAAGAUUUUCA